AUAUCUCAAAUCAUAUGGUUAGAUUCUAAAAUCCAAAUUCACCAACACCAAUUCCAAUUUCGUCGUCUUUCAACUCCUCCUCUUCCUCCGCUCUGCCGCCUCCUUGCCUCAGCCUCUUCCGUAGCCGCACCCAGUCCUGUAUAACUCUCCUUAUCGUUUUCCCCAUCUCGAUCUCUCUCUCGAAGAUUCUUUUUGUCUCGCUGCAGGUUAGAUGGAUCUUGAGACUGAGAACAGAAUAGCUGCAAUCCUUUUGAAGGAAGCAGCAGAAUUACGGCGACAAGCUGAGAAGGAAGGUGUGCAGGCUUAUCUCUGGCAGCCUAAAGUGAGGGGUCGGCCAAAUUCACGUUUCCUCAGUGCAACUGUUCUUGGGGUGCAACAAGCUAAUCGAGCCGUUGAAGUAAAUGAGAUGUGGCGAGUCCGGCAAAAAGAGCUAGAGCUAAAUGAUAGGCUUAAAGGGAGAUCCAAAGAUGAUAGGAGCAACAAGAGCCAUAGGGGCAUUGUUAACUCAUCUGGAAGCUCAAAUAAGAGGCAUGCCAUUGAUGAUGACAGCACCACUGCUUCAUGCUCAUCAAGCAAAAGAUUAUGUGAGAAUAACUAUUCUAGCGAAGAUGAAGGUUUAAGGGAUGAAGAGGUUGAGGAAUUUCUGCAUUCUAGGAUCAAGCGUGGUCGAGGUGCUGUUGGUUCAAGGAUGGACGAAACAGGUCCUUAUCUUCCUCCUUCUCCAGACUCCAAUGAGAAGCUUUCAAUGGGCUCUGAUGUAUGGCAACAUCGAGUUCUUGGUCCUGAGAAGCCUUCUUCAUUGAGAACUUGUGCAUCUUCUGAUGAGGAAUCUGACAAGGAUCAGCGAAAGAAGACAAAGAUGGAACAUUCAGAUAGAUCAAGCAAGAAGCAUUCUAAGAAGCACAAAUCUAAACAAAAAAAGCAUAGGCACAAGAAAAAGAGAAAGGAAGGGAAAAAAAGUAAACAUCACAAGUGAAAAAGGGUUUUUCUGUAUUAUUCUAUAUAUGGCUCCCACACAUUCACAAAAGUGAGCCUGUUAGAAUUGUAUGACGUUCUUGUUUGUGCAGAGAGUGACCUUUUUUCUUUUUAAACAAUGAUAGGUUAUCAAGGCACUGUUGGGACACUUUUUCAUAAAACGAAGGCCAAAGGACUAUUUUCC